UACAGAUUCGUCAGAAAGGGGUCAAUGUGUCUGAAGGUUUCAUCAGAGAGGCUAAACGGGACGAGGGCGAGGGACGCGUGUGAAUCUGAGGGAGCACGACUUGUUAAGAUCGACACUGAAGAGAAAAAUGACGCCAUUGUGGAGAUUCUCAAAAAAGAAUAUUCAGACUUGUUCCACAUUGGACUUUUUAAGAACCACACUGGCGAUGGCAGUUGGAGAUGGACAGACAACUCUGUGUUAGUGUAUAACAACUGGCUACCGAGUUCACAAAGAAUGGAUGGACCGUUUACCGGCCUAAACAUGGUUUACGAUGGAGUGUCUAGUUACUGGAGACAAGUAUAUGAUUUCGAGAUGUUACGUUAUAUCUGCGAGAAACCAUAGGUGUAUGUCAAACUGAGACCUUUUUCCCCUCUUUCGUGAGGUUCCGUAAUGCGGUGUUCAACUACGAAGAUACACGGACUUUUCGCCGAAAAAAUAUUUGCUUACAGACUUUUCGCGAUAGACUGUUCUAAUCCUGAGCUUAAAUCUGAAUAUGACCUAUGUAUGUCUAAAUCUCAGCCAAAACCUAUUAUUAACUCUUAACAAUCAGUCAUUUAACAGCCUAUCGGCUAAACGUCUUUCGGCGAAAGUUUUACAAAUCGAAAGACUUAAGUUAAGACGCACUCUCAGCUGUUACAAUAAAAAGACAAAAUAUUUUUGGUAUAUUUUAGACAAAAUUAAUGAUAAAACAUUUUUAAAUUAUAUAUAUCAAAAACCAACUUAAUGGCAUAUGACAAAUGACUGUCAAAAUGACCAUAUGUUUUACAUGCAAUCAAACACUCGUUAUCACACUAACAAACAAUCCACAUUUAAAUUUAAAUUAUAGUCUAGUAAUCAA